AUGUUGCAUCGUCCUAGCCUGAUUCCGAGUGCCAUGAAAAUGGCAUUUAAAAGCGCUCACAAUGAUCAAACAUCAAUCGAAUCUGAUCCUGGCUUGGAUUUACUUCUUCACGAUGAUGACGAAAUUAUAGUCGUAGAACCGACAGAUCCGGAUGAGGAUAGACUCAGAGAACAAGAGCAACAGGAGCAACAACAACAACAACAACUAUCUUAUGCACCACACAUGAGCCCAAAGCAGACCAAAAUCGUAUGUUCGUCCCCGUCUAUUCCACACUCAUCCGUCGAGGGAUCAUUCCGGGUAGAUCCUGCAGCUGACUCUGGAAAUUCUGACAUCAGUACUGACAACCAUUUCAACGGUUUGGCUCAAUCUCAUCCAAAUAAUGCAAUCAAUUCCGGAAUAAGUAUCCAAAACUUAUUUGCGCCGAUUAAACUAACAACUUUUCCCAUCGGGUCUGUGCCCACACUGACAUCCAAUUUAGCGUCGGUUCAAGUGGUGAAAUGCAUUGAUCUGCACAACCUCACUCGUACCACACUGGGUUCGCAAGACGUGACUUCACAAUUGACUACUAGCUCAACGGACAGCCACUCAACAAUCAGCGCAAUCAUUCCCAUUGGGAACCUGAACACCGUUCUUCCCGCUCUCUUGUCAUCAAAUCCGGUCGCAGCGAAUGUGAUAACAAAUCUGUUGAGUGCCAUUUUUCAAAACUCUGGGCCCAAUACCACCACGGCGACUAUUGUGAAUGCCUCAGGUAAUACCGCAACUGCGCCUUCAACUAACCCUGUGUUAAGCUCGGUACAAACCACAUCCCCUGACAUUAAGACUACAUCUGAUGAUGUGUCUCCCCCGAAACCGCCUAGUAGAGCAAAACGAUUCACAUGCCCAAUGGUCCCUUGCCCAUUGACAUUUGCCAAUCGAUUCAAUCUCACUGAACAUAUUCGCACACACACCGGAGAACGUCCUUUUGUUUGCAAUGUUGGCACGUGCACCGCUGCCUUCAACCGACACCGCAGUUUGAGAGACCAUAUGAAGGUGCAUAAACUGCGCGAAGUGCCUCGCACGAGCGCUCAUUCCUACGCGUCGUCGAUAGAAUCACGCGUGGAACACGAUGCUGAUGACCUGUCCUCCUCGAAUGAGAAACUCCCAUCUGAAGAUGUGAAUACCUCGUCUACAGACCCAGCGAUCAAGCUGAAAGUAGACGAAGAAGAUUUUCAUGCAGAAAAUACGCAUCAAGAAGAGCAAUCGUUCGCGCGCGGUUGUAUGAAACAAGACGUAGAAUCAUCGGACUCUGCAUACCCGUGUUUAAAAAAAGAGGAAUAUAAGCUGUUUCCAACCUCAAGACCGGAACUAAUAAGGCGUUUUUCUUGUCCCUACAAGAAUUGCAACAAAGUUUUCCUCAAAGCGAAUCGAAUGAGGGAACACGCACGAACACACACAGGUGAACGACCAUACUCCUGUCCUUUUCCGGGUUGUGUUGCUACGUUUGGUCGUGCCUAUGGUGUGCGUCGACAUAUGCAAAGCCACGCACUCGGCCUCCGGCAUCCGAUCCGAUGGACCAGAGCCGCUCCAGAGUUCAGUAAUCCACCUACGAGCGGGGAAAGUUCUGCCGGUUCCACUCCAAUACCGAUUGCCCCGGCCGUAUCGGCCGCAGAUAUCGCGCGUCGUCGUCGUAUGCCAUUCCCGUACGAUUUCGUUCCCACUACGACAGCAACAUCCAUAGCCCAAUCUACGUGUUUGCGUAACCCUCCAGUCAUAGCACCAAAAACUGACAAACCACAAACAAUCCGUCCCCUUGAUCCACUUCCCAUCGGUCCCGGAAUAUUACGCCCUCACUCCUGUCCGUUCAGAGAUUGCGCCAAAACAUUUGCUAAAAUGUAUCAACUUCGCGAUCACAUUUGGAGUCAUACCGGACGACGCCCAUUUGCUUGUGGUCAAUGCAGAGCAUCAUUUGUGCGUCUCUAUGACCUACGCCGCCAUGAGAAAAUACAUUCCCGUUUCCUUGAAGCUCGAUGUGAUUCGAUUUCCGAUACCCCAUGCGAACCCGGUACUUGA